GUCAGCAUCAAAGGCCAGACCAUGGGCGACUUCGCGACACUUUCCUCUCAACUGUCGUUUAGUGUUUUAUAGUUGCCCCUUCUUUUCUUCUUUCCAAUUGCCAAUCUCUUUCCCCUACUUUCUCCGCUCUCUUUCGCUCGUCGUAUGACCACUGGAAAUUCGCUCUCGGAGAUUUAGGGUUUCCAGUUCUUCCGGUCGAUUCGUGCGAUCAUGGCUUCUCACGUUGCGGAUGCAGCUGAUGGAGAUAUUGAGAAAGGUUUCACUACGCCGACAUUGAAACACAAUCCUUCGCUGGAGCCAUCGCCGGCGCCGUCACCGUCGGCGUCGACUCCCCCUGCUUUGGUCCUGUCCAAUUCAGGGAAGCGAAUCGAUCAGAAAAAGAAGUAUGUUAAACAGGUGACUGGUCGUCACAACGAUACAGAGCUGCAUUUGGCAGCACAGAGGGGCGACUUGGCGGCAGUGAAGCAGAUUCUCGACGACAUUAACUGCCAAAUGGUUGGGAAUUCUGGUUCGGAUUUUGACCGGGAGGUUGCAGAGAUUCGGGCAUCGGUUGUAAGUGAAUUGAAUGAGUUGGGAGAGACGGCGCUGUUCACCGCAGCAGAUCGAGGCCACAUCGAAGUCGUCAAGGAGCUGCUCAAAUACUCGAAUCACGAAACUCUCACUAAGAAGAAUCGAUCAAUGUUCGACCCUCUGCAUAUCGCCGCAAGUCAAGGACAUCACGAAAUCGUGCAGGUGCUGUUGGCGCACGACCCCGGAUUGAGCAAAACCUUCGGCCCAUCGAACGCAACGCCUCUAAUAACUGCAGCAUCAAGAGGGCACAUUGCGGUGGUUAACGAGCUUCUGUCGAAAGAUUGUAGCUUGCUGGGAAUGUUUCGAUCGAAUGGAAAGAACGCCUUGCACUUGGCUGCCCGGCAAGGGUACGUCGAAAUCGUCCAGGCCCUGCUCGACAGAGAUCAUCAGUUGGCUCGAAGCAACGACCGGAAAGGCCAGACGGCACUGCACAUGGCUGUAAAAGGAGUUAAUUCCGACGUCGUUAAGCUACUCGUCGAAGCUGACGCAGCGACAGUGAUGCUCCCGGAUAAAUUCGGCAACACGCCGUUACACGUUGCCACGAGGAAGAAGCGGGUCGAGAUUGUGAAUACGUUGCUACACCUGCCGGACACGAAUGUGAAUGCGCUUAAUCGGGACCUCAAAACGGCGCUCGACAUCGCCGAAGAUCUUCCGCUCUCGGUCGAGUCGUCGGAGAUCAAGGAGUGUCUAUGUCGAUACGGCGCGCUCCGAGCGAACGAGCUGAACCAACCGCGGGACGAGCUGCGGAAGACGGUGACGCAGAUCAAGAAAGACGUCCACACGCAGCUCGAGCAGACGAAGCGGACGAACAAGAACGUCUACGGGAUCGCCAAGGAGCUCCGGAAGCUCCACCGGGAGGGGAUCAACAACGCGACGAACUCCGUGACGGUCGUCGCCGUACUCUUCGCCACCGUCGCCUUCGCCGCGAUCUUCACCGUCCCCGGCGGCGACCACAACGACGGGACGGCGGUGGUCGUGAGCACGGCGUCGUUCAAGAUCUUCUUCAUCUUCAACGCGGUCGCGCUCUUCACGUCGCUGGCGGUGGUCGUUGUGCAGAUCACGCUCGUCCGGGGGGAGACCAAGGCGGAGAGAAGGGUGGUGGAGGUGAUCAACAAGCUCAUGUGGCUGGCAUCGGUGUGCACAUCGGCGGCGUUCAUGGCGUCGUCGUACAUCGUGGUCGGGCGGAAGCACAAGUGGGCGGCGAUCCUGGUGACGGUGGUCGGGGGGGUGAUUAUGGCGGGGGUUCUCGGGACGAUGACGUACUAUGUGGUGCGGUCGAAGAGGUCGAGGUCGAUGAGGAAGCGGGAGAAGCACGCCCGCAGCGGGUCGAACUCGUGGCAUCAUUCGGAGUUUUCGAAUUCGGAUGUCGAGAAAAUUUAUGCCCUUUGAGCGAUAAUGUAUUGUAAGAAGAAAAACGGCCGCGGAUUCUCCGUCGUUAAGAAAAAAAAGAAAUGGGGUUGUAAGAAGGGGUGUGAUGUAAGAAAUGUUUGAUGAGAAGUUUAGUAUAAUUGCACUUGUAGAUGAUGAAGAUGGUGAAGCCUGAGGAUGAAAUGGCUGCCUGGCUGACUUUAGUUUCCAUUUCUCUACUCUGUAUGUAUAUUAUUACCUGGCUCUUUUUAUU